AUGGGUAGAAAACAAAAAACAACAAAUCAAAUUCUUACAUCAAAUUUAAUCCCAACAGAAACACAAAAAAUAGCUCGUGUUUUAGGUAGUCGCGGUAAAAAUCUUCAUGAAGUCCAAUAUUAUGAUGGUACCGUUACUUUAUGCAUCUUACCACCAAAAUUUCGUAGUCUAGUUUGGGUGAAGCGUGGAAGUUAUGUUAUUAUAGAACCCUUAGAACCCGAUAAAGUUAAAAAAAUAGGUGGAGAAAUUGUCCAUAUACUGUUUCCAGAGCACGUAAAACAUUUAAAAUCAGAAGGAAUAUGGCCUAAAGAAUUUGAAAAUCAAGAGAUUCCAAAUCAAACCAGGCUUUCCGGUGAUGACUCGGAUGACCAAAUUUUUGUAAAUACAAAUCGCAUAAGAGAUGCAGAAGACGAUAAUGAUAAUUCUUCAAGUGACGAAGAAUGA